AUGAAGCUCGCGCACCUUUUCUGGCAUUGUCUGGUGACCUCCCUCACCGAGGCGUAUCUCGUCUCCCCUGCAGGCACUGCCGCACCUAGAACAACUGAGGAUUGCACGCAAUGGGUUGAGUAUUCUUCUGGGCUAACCUGUGAGUUGUUGGAAACGUACUUUGGAAUGACGGAGGUAGAAUUUGAGGAAUGGAAUCCCAUCGUCACUGAGCUCGGCGACGGCUGCGAGCUGUUACCAGGGUUAUACUACUGCGUACACGUCAACUUCACCACCAUAUCUGUGAGCUCGGUGAACCUGAUCAGCACAACCAUCAGCAUUUUCUCUUCCACAACAGUCGUGUCGGCGACGACGACAGCCACCACGACCACGACAUUGACAUCGACCGGGAACGGAGUGACAACCCAAACUCCCUACGAGUCUGGCAUCACAGAUGACUGCGAUGAAUUCCACCUAGUAGUCAGCGGCGAUACGUGCGCAGACAUUGUGUCCGACGCGGGGAUUACACUUUAUGAUUUCUAUUCCUGGAAUCCGACGGUGGGACUGAUUGUUCGGGCUUGUGGUUAA